CUCAGUUGGCGGCUGCAAAAACAACAAAUUUCAAGAAAUGAGUGGCAUUCAAAAAUAAGCAUGAUUGACAUUUUCAGUGGAAAAAAAACUGCAAAGAAUAAAACAAAAUAAAAAAAAGGCGCGAUUUUUGCAGCCAAUCAGGAUGCAUAAAACUUGUGGCGGUGUGUUUACGAUAUUAUUUAGAAAUUGGAUUUUUCAUCUGCUAGAUUAUUACGUCACAAAGCACUACGUGCUGAAGUUCAAAGGAGAGCUCUGCAUCUGUUACCUGACAUUUGAAGGUUAACAAUUAAACGUCUUGAACAUGUCGGCGUGGAACAAACUUCGUUCGUCUCAAGUAAUGUGUAAGUUGAAUAAAAUUACGAGGCGUGGAAUGGCCGAAUCAAAACCUGAUGCCAGUAUCAAACCUCAUACUGAAGCCACCUACACGUCCCCUAAUUCAACACUAGGAGAUGUUCACAAGGUUAGCAAUGUGGAGAGGUAUUUCCUUGUUUGGACGAAAAAAUUCAAGUCUACAAAAGAUGUUCCUGGCUAUGUAUCGAGAGACAUGAUGGAAAAGGCAAGAAACAUCAUUAGGAUAAGAGUUAACCUAUCUAUCAUUGCCAUCUGCUUGGUUGGGGCCUUGCUGGCAGCUAGAAGUGGGAAAAAAGCCGCUGAGAGAGGAGAAACCCUCACAAAGCAUAACCUUCAGUGGCAUAAAGAUUACAAUGAUUCCCAAAUUUCUCAGCCACCCAAGUGAAAAAGUAAAAAUUAAAUUCGAGUGAUAACACUAAAAUCACUCAACUGGAAUCUAUCGUUGCAUAAACAAUUAGACAAUAAAAAUGGAAAUAUAUCAAAAGUCUUAA